AUGGUUGAAGCAAUGAAGAAAGUUGCAGCUCUUAAUGUGGAACUCACAAUUGAAGAGAGGAACUUGUUAUCUGUUGCAUACAAAAAUGUGAUUGGUGCAAGAAGAGCAUCAUGGAGGAUCCUCUCAUCGAUCGAGCAGAAAGAAGAAUCGAGAGGAAACGAACAGAACGCAAAGAGGAUCAAAGACUACAGGACAAAGGUUGAAGAUGAGCUCUCCAAGAUCUGCUACGACAUUUUAGCUGUCAUCGAUAAGCAUCUUGUCCCAUCCGCAACUGCAGGAGAAUCCACUGUUUUCUACUACAAGAUGAAAGGAGACUAUUUCAGAUACUUGGCUGAGUUUAAGUUUGGUUCUGAUCGAGAAGAAGCUGCUAAUCAAUCACUCAAGGGUUAUGAAGCUGCAACGGCUACAGCUAGCUCGGAGUUAGGUCCUACUCAUCCGAUAAGACUCGGUUUAGCUCUCAAUUUCUCGGUCUUCUACUACGAGAUCUUGAACUCUCCUGAACGGGCUUGUCAUUUGGCGAAGCAAGCGUUUGAUGAAGGUAUUGCUGAGCUGGAUAGUCUUAAUGAAGACUCUUACAAAGACAGCACACUUAUCAUGCAGCUUCUUAGAGAUAACCUCACUUUAUGGACCUCUGAUUUAGAGGAAGGAGGUGAACAAUCUAAAGGAGACAAGCCACAAGAUGAGGUAAGCAAAGCAAAUCUAAAAAAGCUUUUUACACUUUUUGGUUAA